AUGACACAGUUUAUGGAGGUGUUGGCUAACGUCACCAAAGGUCAGGAGGAUUUGCGAGUUCUCGUCGAGAAUUCUAGGAGGACUGAAAAUGAUGGACAACAGUUUGGGUUAUUUAAUGAUGUGUCGGGCCGGAUUGAUGAUCAUCAUGAUGAGAAUGAGUUCAGGUGCCCUUCUUAUGUGCCUUAUAAUCCUUUCAACCAGAAUCAGGGGUUCCCUCCACCACCCCCGUCUCGUCUUUUGAGAGGAAAUCAAAAUCAUGGUAAUCAAGACCUCGAAUUUGAUAAUGGGGAUCAACUUUCUAGACAUGGUGUGGAGAGUGUGCACGGUAAGGUUGAGAAGUUUCGUCUGAUUGAGGAGCGUCUGAGGGCUGUUGAAGGAAAAGAAGUUUUGGGCAUGGAUAUCAAUGACUUGGGGUUAGUUCCUGGUGUGAGGAUUCCAGUGAAAUUCAAAGUUCCAUUCUUUGACAAGUACAACAGAGCGACUUGCCCUAUGACUCAUGUUAAGGCGUAUUAUCGGAAGAUGUCAGUGUACUAUGAAGAUGAGGGCUUUUUAAUGCACUUCUUCCAAGACAAUUUGGCGGGAGCUUCUUUGGAGUGGACUCAAUUGCAGAGUUUGGUUCAGGGUUCCAAAGAAUCUUUCAAGGAGUAUGCUAAAAAAUUGCGUGAACUAGCUGCGAGAGUUCAGCCACCAAUGACUGAGCGUGAGAUGGUUGAUAUGUUCACAAGUACUUUCUCUGGACUCUACUACUUGGCUUGUAGUUCUUCAGCGAAUUUUUCAGAAAUGGUGAGAUAUGGUGAGCGUGUUGAAAUGGGCCUAAAGAUGGGGAAAAUUCAGUUGGGAGUCUCUGCUAAUACUUCUAGUGGUAAGAAACAAGCUGAGGGCUAUUCCAGAAGGAACGAAGGAACUGUUAAUGCUGUUACUAUUCCUGUGCCGCUGCAACAACAACAACAUCAGCAGGGACAACGCUCUAACAACAAUCGCUACCCUCCCUGGACUAGGCCUCAUAGAAAUUUUGAUGCAAUCCCUAUGACAUAUUCCCAACUUCAGCAACAUCUGCUCAAGAUUGAGAAGAUUACUUUGAGGGAUGGUCCGAACGCUCCGGAUACACAGUCUCCCAACUACAAUGCAAAUACGCGUUGUACUUUCCAUUCUGGUGCUGCAGGGCACGAUACCGAAAGAUGCGUUGCUUUGAAAAAUAAGGUGCAGGACCUAUUGGAUCAGAAUGUGAUAUAG